CUGCGCCAACAACGAACGCGAGCAGGGCGCAAUUGCGCUUUCGCAGCGCCACCUUCCUGCUCCGAGAGUCUUCUCCGUUUCUGGAAAAAGCAGGCGGCGAUGGGGGAAAAGGCGUGCAAUGGCAACGGGCAGCGGCUUCGUUUCCUCCACCUGGGCAUGUGCGAGCUGUUCUGCACAUGCUCAGUGGCAAUGGAAGCCGGCCGCAAACUUGCGAGGCUCGAGGCUGCGGCUCCUUUUCCUCCCCACCCUAUUAGGUUCCUGGAUAGCGGCUGAGUCACAGGAAGUAGCGCCUCCCCUGGCAGGACGGGAUAGUUUCGUUUCCCCUUCUCCGGUUUCCCGUCGCCACUCGGUGCCUCUCUUUGCUCGCAGCCGGAGACCUUCCUGCGAUCCGUGCGUAACAGCCGCGCGCAUUUCUCCCGGUUAUAAGAGAUGGACCGCCUAACUGCAGCAAACAGUGCCUUUGCCCUCAAUCUGUUCAAGAAGCUAAGUCAAAAUGAUAAUACAGCGAAUGUGUUUUUUUCUCCUUUGAGCAUUUCUUCUGCUUUGACGAUGGUUUCUCUGGGUGCGGCAGGGAACACUGCAGCCCAAAUGGCAAAGGUGCUGUCUGUGACCAACGACGUCGAGUUUCACCAGGGAUACGAGAAACUUAUUUCUGAAAUCAACAAGCCAGACACCAAGUACUUGCUUAGGCUAGCCAACAGGCUCUUUGGAGAAACAUCCUAUGAGUUUAUUUCAUCAUUCAUAGACUCCAGCCAGAAAUUCUAUCGAGCAGGUCUAGAGAAACUAGACUUCAUUAAAGAAACAGACGAUUCCAGGAAAUACAUAAAUAACUGGGUGGAAGAACAGACAGCAAGUAAAAUCCAAAAUCUGCUCGCCCCUGGAAUAAUUGACUCCAGUACAAGGCUGGUCUUGGUGAAUGCUAUCUAUUUCAAGGGAAACUGGGCAAAUCAGUUCCGCAAAGAUCUCACUGAGGAAAAGCCGUUCAAAAUUAGCAAGAAUGAAAGCAAACCGGUGGAGAUGAUGUUCAAGAAAGCUAAAUUCAACAUGACAUGGAUAUCGGAACUUCGCACCAAAAUUCUUGAGAUUCCUUAUGUUGAUAAUGAGCUCAGCAUGAUCAUCCUGCUUCCUGAUGAGAUUGCAGAUAAUUCUACAGGCCUGGAAAAGCUGGAGAGAGAAAUGACCUAUGAGAAACUCAAGGAUUGGAUUAACCCUGAGAAGAUGGACCUAACUGAAGUUCAGCUGUCUCUACCCAAAUUUAAACUGGAGGAAAAAUACGACCUGAAGCCUGUUCUGAGCAGCAUGGGAAUGGCUGAGGCAUUUGACCCAAGCAAGGCAGAUUUCUCCAGGAUGUCUCCCAACAAUGACUUGGUUUUGUCUGAGGUUGUUCACAAAUCUUUUGUAGAGGUAAACGAAGAGGGAACUGAGGCCGCUGCUGCUACUGCUGCUGUUAUGAAUAAGCGGUGUGCUAGGAUUGUGCCCUGUGUCACAGCCGACCAUCCCUUUCUCUUCUUCAUUCGGCACAACAAAACACAAAGCCUUCUCUUCUAUGGUAGGUUUUGCUCUCCCUGAAGCAAGCUAACUUCUCAGGAAUGUCAAAGAAAAGUGACUUGGCUUUGUCAGAGGUGUAUCACAAGUCCUUUGUGGAGAUCAAUGAAGA